AUGGCAAAAGCUGUGAAGAAGUCAGCGCGCUCAACACCACGGUUUAUAGUCCAAACACAAGCCUCGCACCCCCGUCCAGACCCAGAGUAUACGGAGCCCAACAGUGCCGGCAAGAGAAAGGCCAAUGCCGAAGCUGUGAAGGAAACCAUCAGACCCAAGUCAGCACGCAUAACCACCAAGCCAACCAACGCCAAAAAAGCGGACAAAGAUCCCAACAAUGAUAUACAGAUGAAACAAAUCAACGCAACUGAAGACACGCGCGAGUUCCGCAAAGUCACAUACGCCGCAACCAGCGGUGUCCUAAGCCCCUAUUUCACCACGCACCUCACAGCACCAAGCUCCACCACCACCCCCCUCGACGCCCUCCCAACUACCCCGGCAACACCACCACCACCACCAACCACCAUCAUCGCCGACCGUAGCGAUCGUGCCAUCCGCACCAGCACCAAAAUCCUCUACCUCCUCCACCACACCCUCACCCCGACCCAAGUCAAAGUCCUCUACGCCCAAUCCACCAGCAUCUCCGAGCCCAGCCAAAUCGCCGACACAGACCCCUGUCUCGCGCUCUUCGCGGCGCGCAGCACUGCCCUGACCAACCACUGGACGACGCAAAUCCUGCACAAGUACAGCCGGGCCAAAGUGCGCUGCGCGCUCGGCGUGUCGAAGAAGCAGGCAGGCCGGGACAUCUCCGCGCUGACGGACGAGGAGCGGCGGUACUUCUGGCAGAUGCUCUGGGAGGGGACAGGCGAGGAAAAAGAGAAGGAGAAGGAGGCGCGGGGGGAGGAGACGGAGGAAGAGGAAAGCGUGCUGCGUAUAUUUUUGAAGCCUGUUGCCGAGGUAGUGGAUUGGGAAUGUGUGUUCCGCGGGGAGACAAACGAGAAACGGAUGACGGAGCGGGAUAAGGAGGCUGUUGUGCUGAACCGCGAGUAUCUGCGAGAGACGUUUCUGUAUGCUAUGGAUAUCACGUAUAUGUGUUAUUUUGACGGAGGCAAGAAGGGGAAGGCGUCAAAGGAGGAUUGUGCGCGAAUGGAGGAGCUUUGGGAGAAGUGGCCCGGGGAUGUUGCGAAGAGACGGCCUGGAUUGGAUACGUUAGUGGUGCUGCCCGGAUUGGGUAUGCAAUUUGAGCUUCUGUGA